AUGCCGUUUGAAAAUCUCUCCAAGCAUUUUCACUCUUGCAUCGAAUUUAUAAGAUAAGCAGUUAAAACUGGAAGUGUUCUCAUCCAUUGUUACGCAGGAAUUUCCAGAAGCGCUUCGGUAGUUAUCGCAUACUUGAUGCAUGAAUUUGGUAAAUCCAUGUUUGACUCUAUGUCGCAUGUCAGAAAAAGAAGACCCAUUAUUUUUCCAAACCCUGGCUUCCAAAAAUAACUUAUGGACUUUGAAAGAGCCUUAAAGCUUAGAGAUAAAGAUCCCAGAUAUCAACGUAAAAUCAUUACUGAAAAUCCAACUGAAACUAAAGAAAACUACCACUUGUUCUCUAGUCCUCAACCAUUAUUAAAAAGCCAGCAUUAGCAUUCAUAAGCCAAAGUGAAUACUUUGCAUUUAGAAGAGUUUAAAGAUAGCAUAAAUCAAAAGAAGCAAAUGACUGAAGAGAAAAUAAAACCCUAACAUUAAAAUAAAGAUCUUCUUAGAGCUAUUUAAUAGAGAAAUAUUGUUCAAUUUGAUAAGAUAAUAGAUAGUAAGCAUGGUGAAAGAUCAACAACUUAGCAUGAUUAAUCCAGAAGAUCAAGUAAUUAAGUACAAUUGAAAUAAGAUCUCCUUAACAAGCCAAGAGAGCAGUCCCAUCCUCCUGUUACUAUGUAAUAAAUAAACUAAUUGAGAUCGAGAUCGUCAUAUGGUUAAAUAAGGAUUAAUGGGAAUACGAAUACUAAGUAGCUCCUCAACACUCUUAUUGGAAAUGAAGGCUAGCAUUAUUCUUCACUUCAACAGCCUUUAAAUCUUGCGAAUAGCAGACUCUAAAAUUCACACACUCAGUAAACCCUUGAAAAAAUCUCUGGUUUUGAGCCACAGCAAAGCUAAAAGAUCAGUCCUCAGUUGAUUUAGUUCUCUUGUAGUUUAUGCCAUUCAGUGCUUUUUAGCUCUAAUGACAUAAUCGAGCAUCCUAAUUCCUAUUAGCAUAACUCGAGGUACAGUAAGUUAAGAAGUGGAAGCUAAGGCAAUAUAUUUGGUUCAGGAAAUUCCUCUGAAGUUCAUCCUGAAACAUAGUUGAAGAGUAACUGUGCUACAUUUUUCAUUUAAAAAAUGGAAUGGUUUAACGACUAAGGCUAAAGUAACGGUAACAUAUUCUGUCCAAGAAAGUAAUGCGCAGUCAAGCUAGGAACCUAUUGCUUUUAGGGUUAGAAAUGUUAAUCUUGCUCGCAUUUCUAAGUGCCAGCCUUUCAAAUUUAGAAAAAUAGGAUUUUAAUUUCAAACAAUCAUUAUACUUUGCAAUAAAAGCAGAAUUCUCUGCCUACUAAUGCAUAAUAGCUUCAAGGAUUUAUGAUCCCAUAGAAUAAAAGGAUGGAUAAAAGCAGUGAAUAAAUCACUUCUGCUAAUCUGUAAAAAUCUGCUCUCACACCAAAUCCUAAAGCCAAUAAUGGCAUGACGAGCUAAUAUAUCGAUAAAGAUAAUGCAAAUAGUAAUUUUGAAUCGAAGAGACAAGAACUAAGAAGCAGAAAAUAGCAAAAACUACUUGAAGAUAUAUUGUCCUCAAAGAAUCACACUAGAGACUUUAACCAGAUGAUAACUGGAGAAGUCAUAAAUUCAAAUCCUUAUCAUACUAAGACUCAUUUUUAUGGCUCAGGUGAUAAAUCCUUGAAUAAUCUGAUACAGCCACAAAAGGCAUAACCCAUUAAGAAAUCCUACACAUACAUUGACGACUUGAAAAAUCAUUAGAAUUAAGCGCAUAUAAGAAACUUCUACCAAAGCUAGUCCAGUCAAGAGCAGCACAAAAGAUAAAUGCAAUUAUAAAAAGAAAAAGAUAACGGGAAGAAAUCUAAAAGAUAAUGA